GGGGGCUCAGCAGUCUGCGACCCCCGGGCACACCUGGGAGGGGCACCCGCCGAAUGGGGCGAGGGCACGUGGAACCGCGGGGAAGGGGUGAUGCCCGGACAGCCGGGCCCGCGGCGGUGAGCGCGGUGGCGGCGGUGGUGGCGGCGGCGGUGGCACUGGCCGCCGCCCUGCUCCUGCUGCGGCGUGAGGACGCGGGGCUGGAGGCUGGCUCCAGCAUGGCCGAGACUGAGGCGCUGCCAAAGCUUCGGGAAGACUUCAGGAUGCAGAAUAAAUCCGUCUUUAUUCUGGGCGCCAGCGGGGAAACCGGCAGAGUGCUCUUAAAAGAAAUGUUGGAACAGAGCCUGUUUUCCAAAGUCACGCUCAUUGGCCGGAGAAAGCUCACCUUCGAUGAGGACGCUUAUAAAAAUGUGAAUCAAGAAGUGGUGGACUUUGAAAAGUUGGAUGACUACGCUUCUGCCUUUCAAGGUCAUGAUGUUGGAUUUUGUUGCCUGGGUACCACCAGAAAGAAGGCCGGGGCGGAAGGAUUUGUUCGUGUGGAUCGGGAUUAUGUCCUCAAGUCUGCAGAGCUGGCAAAGGCUGGAGGGUGCAAACAUUUUAACUUGCUGUCCUCUAGGGGAGCUGAUAAGUCAAGCAGUUUUUUAUAUCUGCAAGUUAAGGGAGAAGUGGAAGCUAGGGUUGAAGAAUUACAGUUUGAUCGUUACUCUGUGUUUAGGCCUGGAGUUCUACUGUGUGAUAGGCAAGAAUCUCGCCCAGGGGAAUGGUUGGUUAGGAAAUUCUUUGGCUCCUUACCAGAAUCUUGGGCGAGUGGGCACUCUGUGCCAGUGGCGACUGUGGUUAGGGCAAUGCUGAACAACGCAGUGAGCCCAAGCGGCAAGAAGAAGGAACUGUUGGAUAAUAAGGCCAUCCAUGACCUGGGGAAAGCCGACAGCUCUCUCACGCCAUGACCACGCUGGAGAAAUGCUUUCUAUUGUAAAGCUCAACACCCACCACCUAAUUGGUACAUUCAGGGUCUAAAAAUAGUCAGUGUGCUUUAACUGUGGUUAACUGUGGUUUCACUUGUCUCAGCCGCAAAGAUCCAACAAAAAAAUGAUUGUGUUCGGCACCAGCCUGGUUCAGAGCCUGGUUGGACGUAUACAUGCAUCACCCAGCGAGCUUUUCAGAGAUAGAGAUUCGUAGGCUCUACCUCAAACCUCUGACGCUGAAUCUUCA